GCGCUAUUCAUAAUAACAAAUUGUUGCUGGCUGCUGCGCGUUUGUGCAUUUUUGUGUGUGGUCAGUCGGGUAGAAUAUUGACAGAUGGGUGGUACACAUGAAAAUGGAUGAAGACGACAAAUCUUUUGAAUAUUUGGAACACAAGAAUCCUGUGUCAUCACCGUCACCUCCCAUCAUUGGUAGUACCUCUGGCCGCACCCAUCCCAUAAUCCACCCAAUCAGGGACGCGCCCCUCUGCACCCAGUGUAAGGACCUCAGGCUGACCUUCUUUGACCCCCACUGCCCAGGGUGUUGGUCCCUGGCCCAGGACCCACGGACCACCGUGGGGGAGCUGUUUGCUGUCUUGAGGCAAUGGGUGCCCCAGGUACAGCGCAGCGUUCUGGCAAUCGGCCAGGAGAUACUUCAACGAGACUUUCACAUUGACGACCGCGAUGGCCUAACAGACAUGACCCUCCUUCACUACGCCUCCAAGGCCGGCUGUGAGGGCGUGGGUGAGAGAUCAGAUGCCGUCGAGCUUGUAUCACUUCUCCUGGAGCGUGGAGCCUCACCGGAGCUGAGAAGUCGAUGGACAGACAUGACGGUGCUCCACUACGCUGUGUUCUUUGACGUGGUACCGUUGAUCAGACUCCUUUUGAAAGCAACUCAGUUUAAAGAUCUGGAAUCCAGUUGCAGGGAGUUUGAGAAUGGCACCCCGCUCCACAUCGCUGCCUGCAACGGCUGCCUAGAAUCGGCACGCUGCCUCCUGCAACUCGGAGCAAACUGCCGUGCCAGGGAUGCGCAGGGCCGCAUGCCACUCCAUUGCGUGCCCGACGCCAGCGAUGUCGCCCGGUCCGGCUGGGAGGUUACAGCAGGCAAACUCCGGCAGUUGCUGCAUCCAGACUCACAGUUCACACGGCCCAGGUACUCGCCACAGAACUACGACGAUGUGCCCAGCAGGGUUCUUCUAACUUCCCUAGGACUUGGACUUGGAGACAGGGUGUACGUUGGAGACUCCAAGGCAGGAACUUUGCGGUUCUACGGCACCACCCAGUUUGCCCCCGGAGUGUGGGCGGGGAUUGAGCUGGAUGAAGCAAUAGGGAAACAUGAUGGAACGGUUGAGGACGUGGCGUACUUCAAGUGCCCUCCAAAUCAUGGCAUCUUUGCGCCUCUGUCCAAAGUGUCCAAGUUUGUGACGAGCCCUCGGCCAAGCACACCCAGGUCUGUUGGGGGAGGUGCAAUCGCGGUGUCUCACGGCAAAAUUGAUGUCUCUCAUGUCUCACCCAAAGUUGAUACGGGGCUUCGAUCAAGAACACUGUCUGUGGCCAGCAUAAAGCAGGAGGAUAUAUCUGUUGGUGACAGGGUAACGAUAGCUGGUCAGGUACCCAGGCAUGGCAUCGUGAGAUAUAGCGGGUUAACACAGUUUGCUCAAGGUUGGUGGUACGGCAUCGAGUUGGAUCGACCAGAAGGCAAGAACGAUGGUUCAGUAGGCAGUGUCCGCUAUUUCACCUGCAGUCCGCAACAUGGACUAUUUGCCCACUCGUCUAAACUCACAAGAUGCAAUGAUUAUUCUCAGAAUUCAUUAGACAGCUCCACUUCAAGCCAAGCUGCUCAGACCAAUGCUGCAGACAGAAGUUGAAAUCUCAUUUGGUGAAGAAGUUGGGAGGAAAAUCCAAGUAUUUUUUCAUAUUUAUCUAUCUGGCAACGUUUGUUAUAAACAACUCUUUAUGAAAUGCAUCAGUUGGAUUUUUAUUCUAUAAUUAGAAUAUAUACUGGUAUGGGGGAAACUGAAAUAUUAAAUGUAAUUAUUGUAACUCAAAUGUAGUUAUUGCCACAAAUUAUAAGUCAUUUCACUUAGUGCCAUUGACAGACAAGAAGAAAACAAACGCAAAACCAAGGGUUCUUUUUGCACUGUAAUUUUAUUCAAUUGCCAAACCUUUCAUUAAUUUCCACGCCACGAAAGCAUAACAAGUUCUAUGAUGAAAAAAAUAUGCAGGCUUCAGGAUUUGAAAUCCUUUCGAUUUCAGUGAAUAGUCAUCCCAAUAUAUUAAUUUGAACUUUUUGUUCAACUCAUGGUAAAUUGAAUUUUAAUGCCCAAUAUAUAUACUUUGGCCUAUUAAAUAGGAUAAACUCCAAACCUUCAAAUAAAUAUAUUACACAUGUACUUUGAAAAUGAAAUAUCUAAUAGUUCUCGUAUGCCAUCGUCAAAUUAAGUGCAAUAUCAAUUGGCAAAUAAACCUGUUUAAGAACUUCUUCAGUUUUGUUUUUGAUCAUAAUUAAUUUCAAAAUAGCUUGUUACAAACAACUGCAAUCUGUAUCACUUGUACAGUUUGAAUCACUUCCUUUGAAAAUCCUGUGGAAAGAUUUCCAUACGAAGUUCACUCAACACCCCGUGUACAAACCCUAUGAGAUUGGACUGAAAAAUUCAAAGUGUUUUCUAAGAAAAUGCUUUUAUUUUUUCACUGCUCAAAUUGACUUUGAUGACAUGAAAUUGCUAUCUUGGGGCUUGUUAGUCAAUACAGAGGAAAAUUAGUGAACUUCGCAUAUGGUAAUCUUGCCGAACCUUUCAUUAGUUUCCACACCGCGAAAGAAUAACAAGUUCUAAAGAUGAAAAAAUAUGCAGGCUUCAGGAUUUGAAAUCCUUUCGACUUGAUUUCAGUGAAAAGUCAUCCCAAUAUAUUAAUUUGAACCUUUUUCAAUUUUUUGUUCAACUCAUGGUAAAUUAAAUUUUAAUGCCCAAUAUAUAUAUAUUUUGGCCUAUUAAAUAGGAUAAACUUCAAACCUUCAAAGAAAUAUAUUACUUUGAAAAUGAAAAAUCUAAUAGUUCUCGUA